AUGGAUGUGCACCAUCGGUAUCCAUUGGCCGUGGUUCUGCCAACCCUGUCCUUCUUGUCCAUCGCAGUGGGAAUCCCACCGUUGAUUCUACUGGCCAAGAAUCGAAACUACCCGGCAUCCAGUCUGAUUGCCUGGUCAAUCAUUCUCAAUUUGUUCAACUUCAUCAAUGCCCUCUGCUGGCCCACGGAUGAUGUGGAUUCGUGGUGGGACGGCUCUGGCCUGUGUGAUAUCGAGGUCAAGCUCAUGGUGGCUGGGUAUAUCGGUGUCCCAGGAGCUCUUCUUUGUAUCUUCCGCAGCCUAGCCAUUGUUCUGGAUACAGACCGUGCAACCCUUGUCCCGAGCCGAGGCCAAAGAUGGCGCAACCGAUUUAUAGAUUCUAUCUUCUGUGUCGUCGCCCCUCUCAUUGCAAUGGUCACCCACAUCGUUUACCAGAAGAGUCGCUACUAUCUCUUCUCCAUCUCUGGAUGCGUGAACAACUACGACGAGAGCUGGGUCAGCCUCGUGCUAGCCUAUAUCUGGCCACCCAUCAUCUGCGUCAUUGCAGCAUACUAUUGCUGUCUGGUCCUCAUCCGUGUCCGCAGAUAUCGCAACGACUUUGCCAACAUUUUGCGUGCAUCAAGCAGCAAUCUCAGCAAGUCUCGCUUCCUGCGUCUUUUCUUCCUCGCCCUCUCGAUGCUGGUUUGCAUUCUACCCCUUCAAGGCUUUGUGCUGUACUCCGACAUCACUCUCGCACUCCCCUGGCACCCAUACUCAUGGAGUCGAGCCCACGAUCAAGACUGGUUCAAGAUCAUCAAAGUCCCACAGGGCAACAGCGUCUUCUUCGAUCGCUGGACACCUGUCGGAUCAGGCUUCAUGGUCUUCAUCUUCUUCGGCUUCGGUCGUGACGCCACUCGAAUGUACCGCACUAUCUUCUGGUACCUCGGACUGGGCUACUGUUUCUCGAGCAUCGAGCGUCCCAUGACCUCACCCACCCAUGCAAGCAGUCCAGGAGCGGAGUCAGGCACAACUCUCGUGGGGACUAUCAGUUAUCAUGCAAAGUCGAUCUUCAGCCGCAAGGAUUCUACUUCCACGUUCUUGACUCACGGUACCUACAAUGAUAUCGAAAAGGGUUCUUCUCCCCGUGGCAGCUUGCCUGUGCGCCGCUGGACUUGGCUGUCAUCUCUCUUUGGACGUCGUUCUCGUCGCUCUGUGACUGAAGAAGGAUUCCCAUUGCAGGAUGUUUCUGGUACAUCGAACUCCGUUCUCACCAAUGCUUGGGCCAGCCCCCGCAGUAAGGACUCCUUUCCGAGUCCUACUUCAUCGGACUCCAACAAGGACAAUAUUCAUGUGCAGCAUGUCAUUAGCCAACAGAGUGAGGUUCAUGGAUAG